GAAAAAUAGUUGGCGCGCGCGUGUGCUUCUCUCGCAAUUUUCUUCUGCUAUUUUUUCGCUCAAAAGAAACGAAGAAAAAGAAUUCAAUUAAAAUAAAACUGAUUUUGUGGUGUUUGGCAGUGAAAAAACAUAUAUUUUUUAUUAUUUAUUUAUUAUUAAAUUUAUCUUUUAAAACUUUGUUGCUUAAAACAUUGAAAAUACUUAAGAUUAAAGCUUUAAAAUUCAAACACAAAAAGAAAAAAAUUCCCUCCAAAAGUCGCAACUCAAUUCGCCAAAGAAGAAAAGAAAAGAUUUUGAUUUUUCUGCUGGAUGUGGAUUCUUUGAUUGGCGCGCAUAGAAACGACGGCGACGACAACGACGACGGAAGAAGAAAAAACUUAUUGACUCUCGACUUGAGUGAUUCUGGCGACUCCACCUCGCUGCUCGGUUAGCAGAGCAUCCAUCAGCGGUUGGUUGAGGUUGGAUAAACUUCCGUCUUUGGAUUUUGAUUGAGGAGAAGAAUCUUCCAGACAAGAUGCCGAUUUGCAAACGUGAAGGAUUCGAGAAUUUCUCAGAGAAUAAUAACUCCAAAAAGCGGAACACAUUCCAUGACAAUGAAAAGGUCUUCUAUUGCGAGACCACAAAGCAGAUAUUCCGCGACUAUGAAGAUUACUUUCGUCACGUGAUGGUAAUAAAUUCCACAAUUUGGCAAUGUGAAGUAACAAAACGUGAAAACCUAACAUACGCGGAAGCGGUAAAAAGUGAACGACGAGCAUUGAAAAAACGGGAGCAAUUCAAAGAUCAUCUGCGGCCUAUAGUGUUGCUGCUGAUAGAACAAGCACAACAGUCUUCUAUGAAAACCUUAUGCCGCCUUGUAUAUCAAUUUAUACGCCCGCGUUACUUUAUAAAUGAGGAAGUAGAAGCAACUCUCAACAAAUCAUCGUGGAAUAAGUAUGCAAUCAACAGUAUUGCUCCCACAUCACCUUCCAAAUCACAACCCGAAGGCUUCGUCUACGAUCCCACUCAUCUAAUGUAUACGGUGCGAAAAGUCGAUGGCACGAAUCGUGGAUCGGAGCAUCAAAUGCCCCAUGAUCAUGUUCGCCGGCCCAAGAUGACAUUCGGUCAUGAUAGCUUAAGAAUGUACAUCGAAGACAACGUUGUCAGGGUGGAGGGUAUUCUGAGGCCCAAGCCGGAUUCCUACAAAAAAUAUAUAACCGAUAGGAAACUCACAUUUGCCAAGAUAUUCAUUGGAAAUCUGCCUAAAUUCGAACCCAGUCGAAUCAAAAAUAUGGACAAGAAGCAGUCGACAAUGUCAAAGUAUUUGACUAAGAAUGGAUCCGGCAACGUGCCCAUGACGGCAGCAGAACUUGCUGUGGAAGAAGCCGCACGCGAGGAGCGCGCCAAAAACCUAAUCAAAGAAAUGGAACGCGUGCGAAAGGAGAAGGAGGAAAAGCAGGCGGAGUUGGAGCGUAAAAAAGCAGAGCGUCUGGCAAAGAUCGACGAGGAAGCCCAGGUGUUGUCCAAGAAAACCGACGACCUCGAGCGAUUCGACCAGAAACCACUGCCCAAGUUCCAAACGGUCACUACAACUAUCCCCACAAAAUACUUCGGCGAUGCUAUUGUUGUGAAUGAGUUCAUGCAUUCGUUUUCGCCAAUCCUCAGCGGCAACAACGUCUUCAGAAAUAAAAUCAGUUUCUUGGAGCUGACGAGGGCCUUCACAACCAGAGAAGUUGUGGGUCCUCUCAGCGACAUAAUUCUGAUCUUGGUAGGCACUAUUUUCGGUCUGCAGCAGGAGGAGGAGUCUGAGUGUGCCGUGGAGUAUGCCCGAGUGAAGCAUUACGGUCAGCAGCCGUUCCAGACCAUCGAUGAGGCCACCGAAACACACGAAUUCGUGAAGCGUCAUUUCUCGUUUAAGCUCAACCAACUGCCCCUGGAUGCUCACACCAUCAGCGAGGUACUGCGUCUACAUUUGCUCUCAUCUGGGGCUAAUGUCAGUGAGAGGGCGGAACGCUACCGUUUAACCUACCGCAACGGCUACUAUUCGAGCGAAGACCCCGGCCUGGUGUUCCGGAUGCAGCAACCGCAUGUGCUGCGUGCGUUGAAGAUGUACACAAUCUAUCAGCUGCCAAUGCUUGAGAUAUUCAGGAUUAUAAACACACUCAUAGCUCAGAUCCUCAGUUACUCUUCGACCAUAAAUCUCAUCGAGGAGCGUAUGGAAGCCACAGCGAAGGCCAAACUAGAGUUGAAGGCUCUCGUGUCCGCCGAGAGGCAGCGUGCUCUUGGUGUCGAGGCCGAACGCAAGAAGCUAGUUGCCGAAUAUGCUGCCCAGUCGCUAGAGAAUCCCACAGAAGCUAAAAUGCUAGAAGAGAAGCUGAACAAGAAAGUUGCCGAGAUGCUGUCGUUGAGCGCUCGCGAAAAGCGCAAAUUCGAAACACAAUUGGAGAAGCUCCACAGCAGUAUGUUUGACUACAUGGUCUUUCUGGGAAGAGACCGCGCCUACAGAAAGUAUUAUGUCCUUGAGUCGAUUCCGGGGGUUUUUGUUGAGCAUCCCCUCGACUCGUUAGACGUGUGUCUGGAAACCCCACCCAAGAACGUCCCCCAUCUGGUGGGUUGUCCAAAGGGCCUAAAGGAAAUCCGAACUCAUUUAACAAAAAUCUAUGCCGAUGAAUCUAAGAAAAGGAAACAACAGAAGUCCAAGACACCUGUUCCCAGUAGUGCCACGACCGCCACUGCCGCAACCGAUGGAUCCACAGCUCAAGACAAUAAGGAGAACAAAGAAAAUCAAGCUGUCCUAAAUGGUGACGUCAAGCUUAAUGGCGAUGCCACAAAGAUGGAAGUAGACGGCGAGGUAGAGCCAGAUCCUGUUGUCAAUCCGCCAGAGCCUCCCACGCAAUACGAACUGCUGAUGUGUACAGGCGACCCUAAGAACUGCUUUGUACACGACCCAAAGAAUCCAGAUCAGCAAAGGUGGGCAUACUUUUUCAAGGAGGAGGACAUCGAUGCUGUCAUCAAUGGCUUGAACAGCCUCGGCGAGCGGGAGAGCCAGUUGAAGGAUAAUCUGAUAACUAUGCGGGAGUUAAUUGUGCGGCACACCAAGAAGUGCCCCUCCGACAUGUUGUCCAUGAAUAACACCUCACAAUUUUCCCGAUUCAAACUGCAUAUAAAGAAUGAGACCAAGAAGAAGUACAAUGCUGCCAAUUUUGGAUUCCCAGAUGAUCACGAUUUAAAUGAGGUGAUGUAUGCCAUGCUCGUGGAUCGAAUUCUUCAACUGGAAAUGGACAUCACGUCUGGUGAUUUGGGAAAACUCAAAGUAAAGAAUAUCGAAAAAUGGCGCGAGGAUAUUCAAAACAACACCUACGAUCCACAAGGCGAGCUCGCCUGGGGUUGGAGUGCUGACCAAAUAAAGAAACCCUUCAAAGAUCCCGGCGCAAGUUUGGGUGAGACUUUGGAAAUCGAUUCGGAAGACAGCGCCGACGAAGGUAUAUCCCUGCACGAUUCUACUUUACUCCGCCAAUGCGUAAAGAAUCUGGCCUCGGCUCUGUUGCAAAUCGAACAGGGUAUUGAGCAGAAGUUCAUGAAGGAGCCAUUCGGUGUUAAAAAUAACGUCUACGAUAAGAAAUCCGAGCCGUUGUUGGAGAAGGGUCGGGAGCGUCUUAAGGAUUGGGAAGUGUCGCUUUUGCAUUCUACAAGUUACUCUCAAGUUUUUCUGCAUUUGAAUAUCCUGCAUAGUGCCAUAAAGUGGCAGCGAUCCACAAACAAGUCGCUCUGUGCGAUUUGUCGCCGUGGAACGGAUCCUGAUAAGAUGUUACUCUGUGAUGAGUGUAAUGCCGGUACACAUAUGUUCUGCAUGAAACCGAAAAUGAAGACAGUUCCUGAGGGUAACUGGUAUUGCCUGAAGUGUGUCAAUACUUUGGGGUUGUCGAAUGAACCCAAGAGGAGUACACGGAAGAGAGCUUUUAUAAUGUACGAUGAAGAGAACGAAGCCAGCGUGGACUCUUCUCAGUCGAGCAGUCGUAGACAGAGCAGGCAAAGGCGAAGUAGGGAGGAGGAAGUGGGAGUAGUGGAAGAAGAACUGGACAACGAUGAUGAAGUUUUGGAUGAUGAGGAAGAUGGCGAUGGCGACGAUGCCGGUGAGGAGGAGCAAGCUGAGGAAAAUGGUCUGGGAGAAGAAGAAGAGGAGGCUGAUGAGGACGAGCACCAAGAAAUGGAUACAACAGAGUGCGGCGAAAAGACGAUUGGGGAAUCAACUUACAUGGAAGAUGAAAGUUCCAGCGAGGAGGAAGAUAUUUGUGCAGUCUGUUCAUAUGAUGGCGGCGAGAUUUCUUGUACUGGAUGCAAGUCAGUGUAUCAUUUGGAUUGUGCAGAAUUGAAACGAGCACCUCGCAAUAGUUGGAAUUGCAAAACCUGCCGAAAAGAACCAAUGAAAAAACGCAAGAGCAAACAAAACGAUUCAUCGGCAGAAGAUGAAGACUCCGAUCAACCCUUAGUCAAACGUGCUCGUUCAUCAACCAGCAGCGGUAGCAAGCGUUCGUCUGUUCGCAAUUCAAUGCACGACAGUUUCAAUAGCAAUGGAACUGCUGAUGAUUCAAUUCGUUCCAAUAACAACAACAAUCGACGUCGACGAGCUGGCGAAAAUCUUCCACUAAACAGCUCCUUGCUGUACGAACUUCUAAAUGACAUUAUGAAAAAUGAAAACUCCUGGCCAUUCCUAAGACCCGUCACACAUUCUGAAGUUCCUGAUUAUCAUACGAUAAUAAAAGAACCCAUGGACUUUGCCAAAGUCAAAUCAAAGCUCAAUAUGGGCAAGUAUACGAUUAACGAAGAACUUCUUAAGGACAUUGAAUUGGUCUUUAAAAACUGUGACAUUUACAAUCAGGAGGGAAAUGAAAUUUAUGAAGCUGGAAGUGCAUUGGAAAAAUUCGUUAUGCAGCAAUGUAAGGAACGAAAUCUACCCUUUCAACCGAGUGACAUGAAUCGAUUAUGAGCCAACGAGCCCAGUGCUAUGGAGUCAUCUUCUUCUCCUAACACUGAAAACACCCAAAAGGAAAAGCCCCAACAAAAUUACAAGAUGUUUUUUAUUUAGUCAAUGCAAAUUGAAACAUAUAUGUAUGUACAUCCAAUAUUUUGAGAAUCGCAUUUGUCCUACAUAAAUAUUGCUCGUAUUGGGAUUUCAUAUUAAACCAAUCAAUCCAAAGCAUUUUUAUUUCAUAGAUUUUGUUAUGUUGAUCAAAUAAUAUUAUGUUCAUUUCUAUAAACAAUAAGAAAGGACGUACGACACACUAAAUGUAAUAUAGUAAAUUUUAAAUUUAAAACGUAUUCAUAAAAUAUUAUAAUUAUAUUAUUCAAAGAAACUAUUUGUAUGAGUGCAGCAAAUGUUUGUUAAAAAAAAAAACCUUAAACUUACGUAAGAGAGCAAAAUUGAUAGUUUUAAGAUUUUUAAAUAUAAUUAGCUAUAGCGCAUAUUAACGCAUACGAGUAGAUAAAAAGUUAGAUCACUAUUUAUCCAAGUUGAAAAGAAAAUACAUUAAUUAAGUUUAUUUUUUAUUUUGUUUAAUGUUUUCGAAAUUUCUUUUUGUUUUAUAUUUUUGAAAAAUAAAAAAAUAAAACGUUUUCUGGUUGGAUUUAAACAAAACUAAAGUUAUACACGUUCCGUUUCGGGAAGAUCAUAGAUUUGAUGAUUAUUAUUAAAGUUUAAAUUUACUUUGAGGAAUUAUUAAGUUUUCUACAACAACAACACAAUUUAGUGGAUAUGUAUGAGUAAUAUGUAAUAUGUUGAACAAUGAUACGAGUAAACGUAAAAUAAAAAUAAUAUAAUAAUUAUAACAACUCCAAAUUAAA